AUGCGGAAUGGAUGGAAGUAUUCAAGCCAGAUUAAAAGUUUUGCUUUGCUGGGCAUCGCAUCUCUCUUUAUGGCAAUGGCCAUACGUGCAGAAACCAAUGAAGGCGGCAGCCCCAGUCGAAAAAACACAGAGAUUCACCGUGGGAGCAAGUUGAUGAUAACGAAAACAGCAGUGAGUGUGAUAUGUUCCUCCACCGAUUACAAACAAGAUUGCAUAGCAAGUCUGGAGACUGUGAAGUCCCUAGAUCCUCGCAAUCUUAUUAGAGCUGCGUUCGAUCUAGCAAUCAUCUCGAUUCGUAGUGGAAUAGACCGGGGGAUGAUUGAUAUAAAAAGCAGGGCAGACGCAGAUGUACGGACGAGGGACGCACUUAAUAGUUGUCGGGAGCUUAUGGAUUUUGCAAUUGAUGAUCUUCUAAAAACGAGGGAUACAUUCAAGGGGUUUUUGUUCACCAGAUUGUCAGAUUUCAUUGACGAUCUUCUAGUGUGGCUAAGCGGUUCAAUCACGUAUCAACAAACGUGCAUCGACGGAUUUGAAGGGAUCGACAGCAUAGCGGCCGAAAUAAUGGAAAGGGUCAUGAGGAAAGGGCAGCAUCUCACUAGCAACGGUUUAGCGAUCGCUUCAAAUCUCAAUGCGUUGUUGAAGAUUUUUCGUAUCCCGCUUCCAUUUCUGAGGCCAGGACGAGAUGGACUCGGCAUUUUUGGUUCGGAUUCUCCACAAGAACAGCCGUCAGGUUCUUCCAAAGCUUCUCCUCAUAUAGGAAAUUCUUCCGAAGUUUCUCCUCAAAUGGGAGAUCCUUCCGAGAAUCAACAGUUGGAGUCUUCCAGUGAUUCUCCUCCUCAAAAUCUGAAUGGUUCCAAGAAAAGACCGUUGGAUUCUUCUACGGAUUCUCCUCAAAAUUUGAAUCCUUCUAAGACUCAGCAGCUAGAUCAUUCUGAGAGUCAACCUUCGGAUUCUUACGGUACUCGACCGUUGGAUUCUUCCGGAAAUCAACCGUUCGAUUCUUCAGAGAAUACUCCUCAAAAUUUAGAUUCUUCAGAAAGCCGACCGUUAAAUACUCUUGGAAAACUAAAUCCACUCCGAGCAUUGGAUCCUUUAAAGGAUAGACACUUAUCAGAGGAAGGAGAGUUCCCACGGUGGGUAACACCGCAUUCACGAAGGCUGCUUGUAGCACCCGGAAGAAGGAUUAACGCAAACGUAGUGGUGGCAAAGGACGGAAGCGGUACUUGCGAGACGAUCGCACAAGCAUUGGCAAUGGUACCAAUGGAAAAGAGAAGGAAGUUCGUGAUUCACAUAAGGCAAGGUGUUUAUGAAGAAAAGAUAGAGGUAACAAAGAAAAUGCAAAACGUCAUGUUCAUUGGAGAUGGGCCUACAGAAACCAUCAUCACCGGAAAUGUCGCCUUUUUGCCUGACCGCAUCGGCACCUACCUUACUGCCACUGUCGCGGUAUACGGUGACUAUUUCAUGGCAAAGGACAUAGGAUUCGAGAACACGGCCGGAGCGGCACGGCAUCAGGCAGUUGCACUCCUAGUUUCGUCCGAUUUUGCUGUGUUCUUCAACUGUCGUAUGGAUGGUUACCAAGACACACUUUACGUCCAUACACACCGUCAAUUCUAUCGUGACUGCACCAUUGAUUUCGUCUUUGGGGAUGCCAAAGCCGUUUUCCAGAAUUGUGAAUUUGUCAUUCGCCGUCCCAUGGAUAACCAGCAGUGCAUCGUUACAGCCCAAGGGAGGACAGACCGGCGUGAGACAACCGGGAUCGUUAUCCAAAAUAGUCGUAUAACUGCUGAUGCAACAUAUCCUCCCGCAAAGAACAGAGCGUUUUUAGGACGGCCAUGGAAGGAAUAUUCAAGGACAAUCAUCAUGAACACAUAUAUUGAUGAUGUGAUAGACCCAGAAGGCUGGUUGAAGUGGAACGAGACGUUCGCACUCAACACGUUGUUCUACUCAGAGUAUCGCAACAGAGGUCGUGGUUCGGAUCAGUCCCGCCGGGUAAGGUGGAGGGGUAUUCAACGACUCUCCGAUAGGCAAGCGAGAGGAUUCUCUCCUGGGGAUUUUUUACGUGGCAACGCAUGGAUCCCAAAGAGACGCAUUCCCUACAACGCCUAUUGA